AUGGCUCAGCCCUGCCAAUUUGAGCCAAAGGAGAUGCCGUCCCUUAUGAUGGCCCCCAUCUUUUCGUGGCUACUCUUCACCUGCCUGCCACUUUCAGGUCUGACACAAGGCCAGGAGGAAGUCCCUGUUCCCCCCUCUGCUAGGAGCUCCUGCCCUGGGGACUUUGCCUACUAUAGCUUCCACUGCUAUGGCCUACUUUAUCAUAGGGAGACCUGGAACAGUUCUGAGUCACUGUGCCAGGAAUAUCCCUCAGGCCACUUGACAUCCCUACUCAAUGAGGCUGAGGCCUCUUUUGUGGCUACCAUGAUCAUGGAGAAUGGAUAUGUCCAGAGCCCUGUCUGGAUUGGCCUGCACGAUGCUGAAAAGGACCGCAGAUGGCAAUGGAGCAGCAAAGUCCCUUACCUCUACCAAGCCUGGCAGAAGGGCUCCCCUAGGGCAACCAGGCUCAACUACUGUGUGAGCCUGACCCCUGAGGCAGGGUUCCAGCGUUGGAAAGAUGAAUCUUGUCAGAAUAAAUAUCCCUACCUGUGCAAAUUUAGAGCCUAA